AUGUCCUCACCGUCCACGCCGCGGUCGACGCGCUCCGCGUCCUCCGCUGGCAACUCGCCCAACAUUCUCACACCAGGACAGAAGAUCAAAGCCAUGAUGGCUGAAUUCGACAGUGACUCAGAAACCGAAUCACAUCACAUGAAGACAUCACGAGCAGUCUCAAAGCUGGAAUUCAUUUCCAAAACCACAUCAACCUCCGAGACGCGUCAAUCAAAUCACCUUGCCGACUCUUCAGACGACUCAGACGACGCAGAUGACUUUGUCAGACCUAAAGGGCGUAUGGCAUCGCGCAUGCAAGGUAACUCCAAUGCCUCCCCCGAAAAACACACAGCUUUCUCCCGUUUGUCCAAUGACCUGCGGAAGGAACAAGAGCAAGCGAGGAAGAAAAACCCCACACCCGAGGAAUCUAGCGAAGAUGAUCUCCCCGCUGCUGCACUUAAUCGAAGAAGCAAAGGCAAAGCAAGACAAUCGCCAGCCCUGGGCAGUCAAUCUCGCCGUUCACCCUCUCGUUCUCGGUCCGCCUCUCCCUUGUUCGUUUCUUCGCCGGCGACGUCACGCAAUGAACCCACCAAUGACAAAGAUGAAGACGAAGAGAUUGAGGAGCAACCGAAGUCUAAUGCACGCUUCCUUGCUCUCGUUGCUCUAAAGCGCAAGGAGCGCGAGGAACGCGAAAAGAUCGAGGCAGAACAGAAAGCUGCAAAGCGUGCACAGAUGGAACAAUUCAGCUCCGAGAUGCUUUCCGGGGAGGACAGUGAGGCUGAUGAUCCCGGCUCGGCUCAAAGGCUGAGCCAAAAGGGCCGUCAGCCGCGCAAGGCCAGCAAGAAAGCCCUCGAGGAGAUGAGCCGGGAGACCCAGCGGAUGAGCCGAAACAUGCAACUGGCACAUCAGGCACAAACGAAGAAGAAAAUCACCAAGGAAAGCUUUUUUGCUCGAUUCAACUUUAUGCAAACGGAGACCCCCGCUACGGAGGCUCCUGUAGCAAAUUCGUCAUCAACGGCUGGCUCGCAACACUCUUCCGAUGGUGAAAACGCCCAAAAGAAAAAUGACACACCUCAUACCUCGCCUGUUCUCGGACCCUCAGACGCGGACAAGCCUAUGACAGACAUCUCUGUCCAAACCCAGUCCGAAAUCGGCGGGACUGACAAGAACAUGGAAACCACGGGGCCUACUCUAGAUGAAGCCUUCGUCACAGCCCAUGGUGCGCUCAAGGAACUCAAAGAGCCAUUAGCUGCCGCUGCCGCCUCUACAGAGCCAAAACUGGAUACGACUAAGCCCAUGCUCGAGCCGCGCAAGACGAACCAACCAUCGGUUCGUGUUUUGAUGUCCAGACACGAUGUUGCCCAGCACAAUCAGGGUGAUUCGGAUAGCGAUGAUCUGGAGGUGGUCACAUCUCCUGCCAAGGCUCGUCGCAUUGCUGCUUUCGAGAACUUGCCCACUAGACAGAUGCAAGAAUCCACAUCGAUGACCAGACUCAAGGCCUUGGCACACUUGACAUCUCCCACCCGCAAGACUACUUCCAUGACUUCCGCCGAACUCUCUGCCAGUUUGCUCUAUAGAGCUCGACAGCAAGCUGCCAAAGAGAGGCGCGAACGCAUCGAGGAGCUCAGGGCAAGGGGAGUUAUUAUUGAAACUGCAGAAGAACGUGUUGCCAUGGAAGAUGAUGUCGAAAAUUUGGUCGAGAAAGCCCGCCAGGAGGCUGAUGAAAUUGCUCGUCAGGAGAGAGCUGCCAGGAAGAAGGCGCAAGGUCUCGAUGAGGAUGAUGAGGAUGAUGACGAUUUUGUAUUCUCUGGUUCUGAUGACAACGCGUCUGGCGAAGACGACGAUGAAGACGAUGACGGCAUGGGUGUCAAUGGGAAGCUAGGAUUCCUUGACCAGGAAGCCGACGAAAGCGAUGAAUCUGCAGAUGAGCGGAGGGAAAUUGCGCCCUCUGACCCUGAAGACGAAGCCCCAGGGUCUCGGCGGAAGCGUCGAACCCGUGUGGUUAGCGACGACGAAGAGGAAGAGGAACCACAAGUACCCUCGACUCCAGUCAGACCACCACCUUCCAAUGCACCUCAGUCUGCUGAGCGACCCCAGUUCCCCGGAAUGCGGACUCCCAACAUGUCUAUGGGACUGACUCAAGCGUUUGCUGGCACUCUGGCAGAUGAAGAUGUCGCGAGACAGUCAGGGUCCGCACCAGCUCCCUUCUCUCUUCCCGAUCCAGGCCGACCCGUUCCCCGACUACAUGCCGAGGAUUCUGAGAUUCUUGUUCGAGACAGCCAGGAACAAACCCAUGAAUCCGACUUGAUGUCCAACUACAACCAAAACAUCGCCAGAGUGUCCGAGUCUCCUGCCAACCACGGCUUCUCGCAGUAUUCCCAGCUUCCCGACCCGACUCAAGACGAAGGCUUCGUGUUCUCUCCAUUCGACCCUGCCAAGCGUUUCAGAGAGACACCGCCAGUAUCGACUGUCGAUACCGUCCUCGUUGGCCAGAGCCAGUCACCAAUUGCUGAAAGAAAACGCAAGCAGCUUCGACGAGGCCGUGCAGCUGAUCUGUCCGUUGUUGACGAGGAAGACAAUGAAGGCGACUUUGAGAUCAACGCCAACGCCUUCAAUGUGAUGAAGAAGGCCAGCAAGAAAUCAACCGUCCCCUAUGAUAAGAAAAACAGCAAGGCCAAGGGCAUCGUCGACGAGGCUGCAGAGGAAUCCGAAGAUGAAUACGCUGGUAUUGGAGGUGCCAGUGACGACAGUGACGGCGAAGAAGAUGCCUACGAUCAGCAAAUGAUCAAUGACCAAAGUGGCGAGGUUGCUGAUGAGCAACAACUUGCUGCCUUGAAUGCUGACCACCAACGGAACCGGGAUGAGAAGGAUGUUGCCAAAUUGAUGAGGGAUAUCACGACUGGCGCUCUCCGUCGUCGCCGCGGUGGUGGUGAUGAUGACCUCGACCUGGACGACUCCGACGACGAACGUCUAGCACGUCGUCGCGAGAAGCAACGCGAAUUUGCCAAGAUGCGCCGGGCUCUUCUUGCGGAUGACAAGAUCGGUGAACUUGCCGAGAAUCCCAAGAAGGCCGCGUUUUUCAAGGCCAUUGAGGACCGAGAGGUCGAGGACGACUUCGAUUUGGACUUCCUGGAAGAGGGUGGUUCUCAGGGCGAAUCGCAGGAUGUUGCAUCUCAGGAACAAACCGACGACAGCAAGAAGCGCAAGCGACCCUUGGAGCCUACUGCUGAAGACGCUACUAAUCGACCUCCGCCUCGUCUUCGCCGCACUCCUGCCAGUGCAAUGUCCAAGAAGCCUGCCACUCUAGCCGAGAUCCGUGAAACAUUAUCCUUCCUGACAGAGACCCCCGAAUACGAUUCGUUCCACGACGACGCUUCCAUCGAUGAGGACGAAGGUGCCGAAGAGGGUGACUCGAACACAUCCGGCACAGACGAGGCAUACUCGGAGGACGGAGCGUCACAAUCCAAGGAUGGCUUCGCCGUUCCCACCAACCCACGCCGCACUCGCCGUCCUGUCGUUGACCGUCUCGCGCUACUCCGCCAAGCAUCAUCCAACUCAGCCACUACCUCAGGAUCUACCAACACCAAAAUGGCCUUCCACAGUGGCGGCAGCUCCGACGGCCCCAUCGGAUUCCGUCCACCACAACUUCUUCGCCGCGUCACUGGGAGCUCAACUUCAUCCAACUCCAGCACUACUUCAGCCAACCGCAUCACCAAGCCUGGUGCAUCUGGUCCGAAGAAGGGCGGUGCCGUCAACUCUUACACUGCUGCACGUGAACAUGAGCGAGAGAAACAACUCCGCGUGAAGCAGCGGAGCGGUGGCGCUAACAUUGCUAAGCUGUUGAAUAAACAUGCUGGUGGUGGACUGGGUGCGCUUGCUGGUAAAGGACAAUGGGAUUGA